AUGAGUGUGUCCACUGAACAUGGUGGUUCAUCCACUAGUGAACAAGAAAGUCCACCUGAUAAGGUAGUACUUCUACUGAAAGCUACUGGGAAUGCACCUGUAAUGAAAAAAAUGAAGUGGUCUGUUAGCAGGAAACAGAAAAUUCACUGGGUAGUGGAUUUUAUACGAAAGUAUAUAUCAUGUGCACCAUCAGAAUCUUUGUUUCUGCAUGGGGAUAGAAAUAUACCUAUGCAGAACCGGCAAAUCAGACUUGAUGCUUGUAAUUUAAUCAGUGACUUUAUUGAAUCUGUGAUCCAUUUGUAUCUGUAUGAAAGAAAUGUUUAUCCUCGAUCGUCUUUCACUGACUUUGUUGUUUUUGGACUGCACUUAAAGAUUUGCAAUAAUCCUGAUGUGAAGGAGUAUAUUUUCAAUUGUGUUGAAUCUAUUCGACCCCAGCUUUCGGAAAUAAAUGAGUUACGUGUUAUAAUUAAAGUUUAUUCAACGAGAUAUUUCUUUCUCCUGUUGCAAGAAUAUUUUGCAACGGUGUUAAUUCGUUUGAAGAUGCUUGAUUCUACGCUACCAUCAUUGGAAUUUGAAACAACUUGGGAAUUAUGGGUUCAAUUUUCUUCAUCAUGUAAUCAAAAUGAGAAUCCCACUAUGUUAUGGAGUUUGAUCUCAAAUAACAGUAGUAAGGAUGUAAAAUCAGGUACUAUCUAUCCUAUCAAAUCAUUUCAUACAGAAGAUAUUCAGAUGCAAGUACUUCUUCUUCAACACUAA